AUGCCCUGUGCCAACUGGAUGGGAGGAGCACCGGGCCACCCUGGCCACAACGGGCUCCCCGGCCGGGACGGGAAGGAUGGAAAAGAUGGACCGAAGGGAGAGAAAGGAGAUCAAGGUCCCCCAGGUAUCCCAGGCCUUCCGGGACCACCAGGAACGCCAGGGCCACCAGGAAUUCCUGGAUUCGCAGGGCGGAAGGGGGAGAAGGGCGAAGGUGCCUUCAUCCACCGCUCUGCCUUCAGCGUGGGGCUGACGGAGCGAGCCCCCCACCCCAACGUCCCCAUCCGCUUCAGCAAGAUCUUCUACAAUGAGCAGGGCCACUACGACGCCAGCACCGGCAAGUUCCUCUGCGGCAUCCCCGGCACCUACUACUUCGCCUACCACCUGACGGUCUACCUGGCCGACGUCAAGGUCAGCCUCUACAAGAAGGACAAGGCGGUGAUCUUCACCUACGACCAGUUCAAGAACAACGUUGACCAAGCCAGCGGCUCCGUCCUGCUGCAGCUCGGCGCCGGGGACGAGGUCUGGCUGCAGGUGUACGGGGACGGGGACAACAACGGCAUCUACGCCGACAACAUCAACGACUCCACCUUCAUGGGCUUUCUCCUGUACCCAGACCUGGAUGCCCAUUAA